UGUUGUUUUGAAAUUAUGACAUUGAUUAAAAGUGGGUCAAAAAAUAUCCCUGUUAGAAAUGUUUACCCUGUACGGAUAUAUCCUCUUUCCGGACAGCUAAGAAAAUACAAGCUUCCUGCGUACGACGAAUUAUAACACCAAUGAUAAUAUAAUUAAAACGUCGUUAAUUCCUGUGACUUUUUUUUCUAUAAAAAGAGAAAAUGCCAUCAGUUAGUUUAUUGACAUUAGUCCCAUAUCUUCACAUUUGUAUCCGCUAACAACAUGAAGAGGACGUUAUUUAUUGUGGUAUUAACUCUCGUUUGUGAACUCAGUUUAUGUCAAAAUUGUCCGGCUCCAGCGGGUAGUGGAUGCACGUGCUAUGAGGGCCCAUCGGACAGCACUGGAAGGGUCAUUGAUUGUCGGGAUGCUGGACUCACCUCAAUUCCGGUCUUUACCCCGUCUGAUGAAAUUUUCCGGGAAGUGACGUUCAGCAACACCCAAACUUCCUCCACCUACUGCUCUAGAUGUAACAAAAUCACAGUGGUUCCUGACAACGCGUUCCAAGGUAUCAAAUUCAAAAUCCUUGACCUAAGCAGGAACUCUGUAUCCGACUUCAAAACUAGUGCGUUUGCGGGACUAGAGGACUAUCUGGAGGAGCUAAUCAUCCAUGGAAAUUCCUCGCCCGUACCGUACACUGCCGUGUCCAGACUUAGAAAACUCAAGAAACUCUCACUGAGUCAGUUCUCUCAGACAAUCAUAGGAAGAGACAAUACCGAUAUCCAAAGUCUGAUGAAUCUAGAAACUUUGGAGUUUAAGAACAUGAAUACCGAGUACAUUCAGAGCGAUGCGUUUAAAGACCGCGUACCUAUGUUGAAGAGACUGGUGCUGGAAAAGCUGAAAAUUCGAACAUUCCCCGUGGCCGGUAUUGCCGAACUUACCUCUUUAGAGCAUCUCUCCGCCAUUUCCCUCCAAAUUAAGGAAAUCCCUUACCAAGCUUUUUCUUCUCUUCACAACCUCCAAGAACUCGUUCUCUCCCAUAAUGGACUAACCACUUUACGGUCUGGAUGUUUCGAAGGAAUUCAGGAUACGCUAAGAUACCUUGGCCUUCACAUAAACAGCCUUGAUGAAAGCAGUGUAGGGGCAAUUGCCUCAGAAAGAUGGGACAGGUUAGAGCAACUCAAUCUUGGACACAACAAUAUCAAAGACAUUCCAAACGGACUGUUUUACAAUAUGCGUAGCCUGGCCUACCUGAAUAUCGAUUCGAAUUGGUUAACAAAAAUAGAAUCAGGAGAUUUGCAAGGUCUUGACUCAUUGCAGUUUUUAGAUGCUUCUUAUAAUAACCUCCAGACCAUAGAAGAAGGGGCAUUUUUGAAAACUCCGAAACUACAAGAGUUAGAUAUUCGUGGAGAAAACACAAAUAUUCCUGGCAGUACGGACAUACUUGUAUUAAAUGAGAAAAGCGUCCAGGGGCUAAAUAAUUUGGAACGGUUGAUUCUUGCUGACACUGUCCUUGACGAAACAGCCAUGUGGGGUGCAGUCAAAAAACUUACUAACCUAAAGAUUCUGAAGUUAAGCGGCACUGGAAUCAAGGAAAUCCCAGAGUUUCAGUUUGAAAACAACAGGCAUUUGGAAUAUCUUGUGGUAGAAAAUAACAAGCUUACAAAACUGACCGAACAACAGAUGUAUGGUUUGACCGACACUCUGGUUAACUUGAAUAUUGGAAACAACCAGAUUACCGAAUUAGAUGAAUGUGCUCUUAACAAGUUUACCAAACUAGAAAUGUUGUAUAUUAACAAUCUUCCCCUGCACUGUGACUGUAAAAUUACCUGGUUGUACGAUUGGUUGAACGAACUGAGAAUCAAAAACGACAUCAAGUAUUACUUAAUUAGAGCAAUCUGCACUACGCCAGCAUCACUGUCCAAUAAGAUUCUGCUCAGUGUGAAUAGAUCCAAACUAAUGUGUAAUAAUAGUUACACCCCUAAGAGAUGCAACGAUUUCACCCCACCACCGUCCGAAAUCACCUCCACGUCUGCACCCCUUGAACCUGUCACGAAGAUUUCUCCGGCAGACAGAAUUUUCAGUUUCGAGAAAAUCUCCGAAUCGAGUUCCACGGUCAGAUUUGAAUGGCGAGUGUCGGACCCGGAAAAAAUUGUCAAAUAUGUAAUGGAUUAUCAGCUUCUAAGGACAUUCCAGUGGAAUUCCGUGGAAGUUCCAAGAACUGCGCUAAGUUUUGAGAAAGAGAACUUAGCAAGGAACUCUAAUUAUCUAUUUUGUUUAACUGUUGUGCUCCGUGACUUGGAUAAAACAAGCAUUAGGCCCUGCGUAGUUGUCAACACGCUCUCGUAAAGAGUAAGGGUUAUUAUGCCGAAAGAAAUCCAUGUACAUUCCAGGUUACCAUUUUAUUGUAUUGUUAUUCUGUAAUUAUCAACUCUUGUGUUCAUUGAUAUUAAGUACUUUUGUACUUUUUAAACACAGCGGCGAAAUAUACUCACUUUUAUUUUAUAUUCCAACAUGCUAAAUAGUAUAGACUAGUCAACAGUUAAAACGACCGCGCUUUGCAUUUAUAAUUAGUUGCAUGUAUGUACAAACAUGUAUUUAUGUUUCUCUACACUGUUAUUCAGGUAUGAGAUUCAAGUUCAUUGAUAUUAUUAAACUCUUAUAUUUAAAAGAGCUACAUAUUGUAAAUUUCUUUGUCCAAGGAAAUUCUAGUCUGUUAAACGUAUAUGUAUUUACAGAAUCUACUUUUUAAAACAAAUGAUUAUAUUUUUAACUUUUGUAAUUUUACAUGUCUUUUAUAACUUUCAAUCAAAUAAAAUGACUUAAAA